CAGAGCGAGACUCCAUCUCAAAGAAAAAAACAUCCUUAAUUCUAAUAAGUCACAGUGUCUCAAACUUACCGUCUGUUGGGUAAAUUUGAGAAAAUGCAAUACCUUGCCACCAUCCUUUUAAAUCAGCCUACCAGAUUGGAUUUCCUUAUUAUGGUUUGUGGCUUUUGAUUAUUAUUAUUUUUUUAAUGUAUAGCUCUCUGAAUUCUUUGGUGGUUAUAUAUAUAUAUAUGUACUUGCAAGAUUCUUUUAUCUGUGGGUCUUUCAUUCUUUUUCUAACACUGUGAGUUGUAUCCAGAGUUCUUUCAGAACCUCUUCUGAGUGACCUAUCUCUGCAGAUAUCUUUGUUUAUAUUUCCCUUGUACUGCCCUCCUGGACUCCUCCUCAUCCACCAGCAUUUCCAUCUAGUGCUUUACCGUGCCACUGCUAACAGGUUAUAAGCAAUGCCUUGAAAGUUUGGGGUUUAGAACUAAUCCUGUUCAACAGUCCAGAGUAUCAGAGGCUCAGGAUCGAUCCUAUAAAUGAAAGAUCAUUUAUAUGCAAUUAUAAGGAACACUGGUUUACAGUUAGAAAAUUAGGAAAACAGUGGUUUAACUUGAAUUCUCUCUUGACGGGUCCAGAAUUAAUAUCAGAUACAUAUCUUGCACUUUUCUUGGCUCAAUUACAACAGGAAGGUUAUUCUAUAUUUGUUGUUAAGGGUGAUCUGCCAGAUUGUGAAGCUGACCAACUCCUGCAGAUGAUUAGGGUCCAACAGAUGCAUCGACCAAAACUUAUUGGAGAAGAAUUAGCACAACUAAAAGAGCAAAGAGUCCAUAAAACAGACCUGGAACGAGUGUUAGAAACAAAUGAUGGCUCAGGAAUGUUAGACGAAGACGAGGAGGAUUUGCAGAGGGCUCUGGCACUAAGUCGCCAAGAAAUUGACAUGGAAGAUGAGGAAGCAGAUCUCCGCAGGGCUAUUCAGCUAAGUAUGCAAGGUAGUUCCAGAAAUAUAUCUCAAGAUAUUCCACAGACAUCAGGUACAAAUCUUACUUCGGAAGAGCUUCGGAAGAGACGAGAAGCCUACUUUGAAAAACAGCAGCAGCAACAGCAGCAGCAGCAGCAGCAGCAGGAGGACCUAUCAGGACAGAGUUCACAUCCAUGUGAAAGGCCAACCACCAGUUCAGGAGCACUUGGGAGUGAUCUAGGUGAUGCUAUGAGUGAAGAAGACAUGCUUCAGGCAGCUGUGACCAUGUCUUUAGAAACUGUCAGAAAUGAUUUGAAAACAGAAGGAAAAAAUAAUAUGUUUACAAAAUAAUUUAGAUAUUCAUACUUUCCAACAUUAUCCUGUGUGAUUACAGCAUAGGGUCCACUUUGGUAAUGUGUCAAAGAGAUGAGGAAAUAAGACUUUUAGUGGUUUGCAAACAAAAUGAUGGGAAAGUGGAACAAUGCGUCAGUUGUAGGACUAAAUAAUGAUCUUCCAAAUAUUAGCCAAAGAGGCGUUCAGCAAUUAAAGACAUUUAAAAUAGUUUUCUAAAUGUUUCUUUUUCUUUUUUGAGUGUGCAAUAUCUAACAUAUCUAAAGUUAGGGCAUUUUUCUUGGAUCUUUUUGCAGACCAGCUAAUUAGCUCUUGCCUCAGGCUUUUUCCAUAUGGUUUGUUUUCCUUUUCUCUCUUGUAGGUAAUUUGGCUCACAUCAUGUGAUAGUGGCUUUCAUUUCUUAUUAACCAAAUUAACCUUUCAGGAAAGUAUCUCUAGUCUGUGUUGAUAAUAGUAAUGGUUCUAGAAGGAUGAACGGUUCUCCCUUCAACUGUAUACCGUGUGCUCCAGUGUUUUCUUGUGUUGUUUUCUCUGAUCACAACUUUUCUGCUACCUGGUUUUCAUUAUUUUCCCACAAUUCUUUUGAAAGAUGGUAAUCUUUUCUGAGGUUUAGCAUUUAAGCCCUACGAUGGGAUCAUUAUUUCAUGACUGGUGCAUUCCUAAACUCUGAAAUCAGCCCUGCACAAGUACUUGAGAAUAAAUGAGCAUUUUUUAAAAUGUGUGAGCAUGUGCUUUCCCAGAUGCUUUAUGAAUGUCUUUUCACUUAUAUCAAAACCUUACAGCUUUGUUGCAACCCCUUCUUCCCGCGCCUUAUUUUUUCCUUUUUUCUCCAAUUGAGAAAACUAGGAGAAGCAUAGUAUGCAGGCAAGUCUCCUUCUGUUAGAAGACUAAACAUAUGUACCCACCAUGAAUGUAUGAUACAUGAAAUUUGGCCUUCAAUUUUAAUAGCACUUUUAUUUUAUUUUUUCUCCUAUGACUGGAGCUUUCUGUUCUCUUUACAGUUGAGUCAUGGAAUAUAGGUGUCUGCUUCACAUCUUUUAGUAGGUAUAGCUUAUCAAAGAUGGUGAUCUGGAACAUGAAAAUAAUUUACUAAUGAAAAUAUGUUUAAAUUUAUACUGUGAUUUGACACUUGCAUCAUGUUUAGAUAGCUUAAGAACAAUAGAAGUCACAGUACUUAGUGGGUCUGUAAAUAAGAAAGUCCAUAGUUUUGAUAAAUAUUCUCUUUAAUUGAGAUGUACAGAGAGUUUCUUGCUGGGUCAAUAGGGUAGUAUCAUUUUGGUGAAAACCAUGUCUCUGAAAUUGAUGUUUUAGUUUCUGUGUUCCCUAUCCCUCAUUCUCCAUCCCCUUUUGAAGCUCUUUUGAAUGUUGAAUUGUUCAUAAGCUAAAAUCCAAGAAAUUUCAGCUGACAACUUCGAAAAUUAAAAUAUGGUAUAUUGCCCUCCUGGUGUGUGGCGCACACAUUUUAUCAGGGAAAGUUUUUUGAUCUAGGAUUUAUUGCUAACUAACUGAAAAGAGAAAAAAUAUCUUUUAUUUAUGAUUAUAAAAUAGUUUUUUCUUGGAUAUAACAGAUUUUUUAAGUCAUUAUUUUGUGCCAAUCAGUUUUCUGAAGUUUCCCUUACACAAAGGGAUAGCUUUAUUUUAAAAUCUAAAGUUUUCUUUUAAUAGUUAAAAAUGUUUCAGAAGAAUUAUAAAACUUUAAAACUGCAAGGGAUGUUGGAAUUUACUACUACUUCCUCAAGAUUUAAAAAGCUAAAUAUUUUAAGACUGAACAUUUAUGUUAAUUAUUACCAGUGUGUUAGUCAUAUUUUCCAUGGAUAUUUGUUCAUUACCUUUUUCCAUUGAAAAGUUAAACUAAACUUUUCAUACACUUGAAUUGAUGAGCUACCUAAUAUAAAAAUGAGAAAACCAAUAUGCAUUUUAAAGUUUUAACUUUAGAUUAUAAAGUUCAUAUAUACCCUAGUUAAAGCACUUAAGAAAAUAUGGCAUGUUUGACUUUUAGUUGCUAGAGAGUUUUUUUUUGUUGUUUUUGUUUUUUUUUUUUUGGAGACGGAGUCUUGCUAUGUCUCCCAGGCUGGAGGGCAGUGGCAUGAUCUCGGCUUACUACAACUUCCACCUCCUGGGUUCAAGCAAUUCUCUUGCCUCAGUCUCCAGAGUAGCUGGGAUUACAGGCGCCCACCACCACACCUGGCAGAUUUUUGUAUUUUUGGUAGAGACACGGUUUCAUCAUGUUUGGCCAGGCUGGUCUCGAACUCCUGACCUCAGGUGAUCCGCCUCCCUUGGCCUCCCAAAGUGCUGGGAUUACAGGCAUGAGCCACUGCGCCUGGCCAGCUAGAGAGUUUUUAAAGCAGAGCUGAGCACACACUGGAUGCGUUUGAAUGUGUUUGUGUAGUUUGUUGUGAAAUUGUUACAUUUAGCAGGCAGAUCCAGAAUCACUAGUGAACUGCCAUCUUGGUGGGGUUGGCUUAAAUUUAAUUGAAUGUUUAGAUUCCAUUUCUUAAUUGAUUGGCCAGUAUGAAAAGAUGCCAGUGCAAGUAACCAUAGUAUCAAAAAAGUUAAAAGUUAUGCAAAGCUGUAGUUCAUACAUCAGUUACUGCCAUUUACUGUAAACCACCUGCAAGAAAGUCAGGAACAACUAAAUUCACAAGAACUGUCCUGCUAAGAAGUGUAUUAAAGAUUUCCAUUUUGUUUUACUAAUUGGGAACAUCUUAAUGUUUAAUAUUUAAACUAUUGGUAUCAUUUUUCUAAUGUAUAAUUUGUAUUACUGGGAUCAAGUAUGUACAGUGGUGAUGCUAGUAGAAGUUUAAAUAAGCCUUGGAAAUACCACUUUCGUAUUUUCAGAUGUCAUGGAUUUAAUGAGUAAUUUAUGUUUUUAAAAUUCAGAAUAGUUAAUCUCUGAUCUAAAAUCAAUCUAUGUUUUUUACGUUAAUCAUAUACAUAUUUCAGUAAUAUAAACUGUUUGAAAAGGCUGCUGCAGGUAAACUCUAUACUAAGAUCUUGGCCAAAUAAUUUACAAUUCACAGAAUAUUUUAUUUAAGGUGGUGCUUUUUUUUUUCGUCCUUAAAACUUGAUUUUUCUUAAGGCUUUAUUCAUGAUGCCAAAGUAAAUGAGGAAAAAAACUCAAAACCAGUUGAGUAUCAUUGCAGACAAAACUACCAGUAGUCCAUAUUGUUUCAUUUAAUAUUAAGUUGAAUAAAAUAAAUUUUAUUUCAGUCAGAGCCUAAAUCACAUUUUGAAUGUCUGAAUUUUUGAUACUAUUUUUGAAAUCAUGCUAGUGCCGGCUGGGCGUGGUAGCUCACGCCUGUAAUCCCAGCAUUUUGGGAGGCCAAAGCGGGUGGAUCAGGAGGUCAGGAGUUCAAGACCAGCUUGGCCAAGAUGGUGAGACCCCCGUCUGUACUAAAAACUACAAAAAUUAGCCGGUCUCGGUGGCAGGUGCCUGUAAUCCCAGCUACGAGGCAGGAGAAUCGCUUGAACCCUGGCGGCAGAGGUUGCAGUGAGCCGAGAUGGUGCCACUGCACUCUAGUCUGGGCAACAGAGUGAGACUCUGUCUCAAAAAAAAAAAAAAAAAUCAUGCUAGUGCCAAGAGCUACUAAAUUCUUAAAACCAGCCCAUUGGACCUGUACAGAUAAAAAAUAGAUUCAGUGCAUAAUCAAAAUAUGAUAAUUUUAAAAUCUUAAGUAGAAAAAUAAAUCUUGAUGUUUUAAAUUCUUAGGAGGAUUCAAUAAUUAAUAUUGAUGACCUCCCGGCUGGGCGCAGUGGCUCAUGCCUGUAAUCCCAGCAGUUCGGGAGGCUGAGGCGGGCGAAUCAAUUCAGGCCAGGAGUUCAAGACCAGUCUGGGCAACAUGGUGAAACCUUAUCUCUACUAAAAAUACAAAAAUUAGCCGGGCGUGGUGGCACACACUUGUAAUCCCAGCUACUCAGGAGGCUAAGAAUUGCAUGAACCUAGGAGGCAGAGGUUGCAGAGUGCCGAGGGCUCACCACUGCAUUCCAGCUUGCGCAACAGAGUGAGACUCUGUCUCUGAAAAAAAAAAAAAAAUACAUAUAUAUAUAUAUAUAUAUAUGACUUCCUAUUAAAAACUUUAUCCCAGCCAGGUGCGGUGGCUCACGCCUGUAAUCCCAACACUUUGGGAGGCUGAGGCAGGUGGAUCACCUGAGGUCAGGAGUUCGAGACGAGCCUGGCCAACAUGGUGAAACCCCAUCUCUACUAAAAAUACAAAAAUUAGCCAGGUGUGGUGGCGGGCACCUGUAAUCCCAGCUACUUGGGAGGCUGAGGCAGGAGAAUCGUUUAAACCCAGGAGGUGGAGGUUGCAGUGAGCUGAGAUCAUGCCAUUGCACCCUAGCCUGGGCAACAAGAGUGAACUCCGUCUUAAAGGUUGUUUUUUUUUUUUUUUUUUAAAUCCGGAAACGAAGAGGCCUUGGGCCGCUAUUUUCUUUUUCUUUCUUUUUUUUUUUUUUUCUGAGACAGAGUCUAGCUCUGCUGCCCAGGCUGGAGUGCAAUGGCACGAUCUUGGCUCACUGCAACCUCUACCUCCCGGGUUCAAGCAAUUCUCCUGCCUCAGCCUCCCAAGUACCUGGGAUUACAGAUACCUGCCACUACACCCGGCGAAUAUUUGUUUUUUUAGUAGAGACGGGUUUUUACGAUGUUAGUCAGGCUGGUCUCAAACUCCUGACCUCAGGUGAUCUGCCUGCCUUGGCCUCCCAAAGUGCUGGGAUUAGAGGUGCAGGCCACCAUGCCUGGCCUCGGGCCACUGUUUUCAAAGUGAAUUGUUUGUUGUAUCGAGUCCUUAACAAGUAUGGAUAUAUGAUAUAUGUGACCCUAAUUAAGAAAUACCAGAUUGGAUCAACUAAUCAUGUCAGCAAUGUAAAUAACUUUUUAUUUUUCAUAUUCAAAAUAAAAACUUCCUUUUAUUCCUGGUCCCUUUAUAACCAGCAUCUUUUUGCUUUAAAAAAUGAGCUGGCUUUGUAUUUUUUUAAAGUCUUAAACAUAAUAAAAGUAUUUUUGUUCAAAUUUGCUUUCAUGAAUGAAGAUUAUUGACAUCGUUGGUAAAUUCUAGAAUUUUGAUUUCGUUUUUUAAUUUGAAGAAAAUCUUUGCAAUUUUUAUUUUUUCCAAGUGGUCUGGCAUUUUAAGAAUUAGUGCUAAUAACGUAACUUCUAAAUUUGUCGUAAUUGGCAUGUUUAAUAGCAUAUCAAAAAACAUUUUAAGCCUGUGGAUUCAUGGACAAAGCAAUGAGAAACAUUAGUGAAAUAUAAAUGGAUAUUCCUGAUGCCUUUAGGGAGCUCUCACUUGUCUCUUGCAUAGUUCAAGGAAUGUUUUCGGAAUUUUUUUAAUGCUUUUUUUUUUGAAAGAGGAAAACAUACAUUUUAAAUGUGAUUAAUUUUUACAACACUGGGCUAUUAGGAAUAACUUUUUAAAAAUUACUGUUCUGUAUAAAUAUUUGAAAUUCAAGUACAGAAAAUAUCUGAAACAAAAAGCAUUGUUUGGCCAUGAUACAAGUGCACUGUGGCAGUGCCGCUUGCUCAGGACCUAGCCCCUGCAGCCCUUCUGUGUGUGCUCCCUCGUAAGUUCAUUUGCUGUUAUUACACACACAGGCCUUCCUGUCUGGUCAUUAGAAAAGCCGGGCUUCCAAAGCACUGUUGAACGCUGAGGAUUCUGUUGUUAGUGUGGAUGUUCAAUGAGUUGUAUUUUAAAUAUCAAAGAUUAUUAAAUAAAGAUAAUGUUUGCUUUUCUA